GGGUCAGAAGACCGCGCGUCACCAUGGAAGCGCUGGGUUUGUGACCAGUCCCACACGCCAUUUUCGUGUCACCCAGCGAUGGGGAGACUCUGGCGUUACCAACGGCGUGCUUUUAAUUUGGGUAGCGACAACAACCACGACAUUCUGAAGAAAACUUCGUUGCAAAAGUUUAACAAAUAUCAGAUACCUCCCAUCGCUUGAACUGUGACACCACCCCACGUCUCAUAACACGAGCCUGGAAAAGGAAAACGGGUUUGAAUUGCUUUGUUUUAGUAAAAAAAGUACAAUAUAUAUAUAUAUUUUUAGUGGCGCGUUAUCGGCGAAGCAAUUGCUUGGCAAACCCCAUACGCGACGCCGCGAAGGCUAGCUUGCCAUCUUGGUUAUUUGAGCUAGAGAUCGGCAUGUCGACUAUUUUAGAAAAACAGCAUACAAAUGUGCCUUAAUGUCUGAUCAAGACAAACGCGAACAAGAAGUUUCAGCUCCGCCGUCUGCUGACCUACGCCCAAACCCCCUAAGGAAGAAGGGGAUAGUUUGUAGCCUGGAGGUCCAGCAAGAUGAAAUUAUCUCAUCUUUAAAUGAUCGUACCGAAGGUAAGCGGCUAUCGGCAAUCGGAGCGAUUCUUAGUCAUCUGAAGAAACAUGGUGGACGGAUACUAUUUCCAAAAAUAAAGGAUAUACUCGAGGCUUUGGCCGAUAUUUUUCAAAAGGACGAUCGUAAAAAUAUAAAAAAAGCCUGUGUUCAACUAGUGUCUGAAUUGGUGUCUAUACCAGAAGAGUGUAUAGAGGAUUUCAGGAUCGACGUGCUUCCAGUUCUCCUGAAUGAAGUCAGCCUUGCCGAUAAUAAAAAUCGCAAGGCUCUCCUGCAGACUCUUCUGAAGUGUGUGAAAUUCAGUGCUAAGCCUUACAGAGUUUUCCAGAUAAUUACUAAGCAUGCUCUCUUGCACCGCGAAAACGGAAUAAGGUCUGCGACUUUUGACAUAUACCCUGUUCUCUUGAAGGAAGAGUCGCAGAAUCUUAACCUGAGUGAUCUGAUCACGUCGCUAAGUUGUAUACUUCUUGGAAACAAGGAGUCUGAUGAUCCUUUUGUGGCUUACGUUACAUUAAACCAAAUUAAGCUGAAUAUUGGGCCAGAAAAUUUUAAUGGAUUUGUCAACCUGUUGCCUGACUAUCUCCUGAGGGUCUACUAUAACUUUGAAGAGGAUCACUGGCACCAGUUUUUGAAGUGGGGGAUACCAACUUCUUCCCAGUCCCCUGAACACCAUGAAGAAGCAAAAAAUGGGAAGAUCAGAUUUUCACAGUCCAGGAUUUUUCAAUUUCUUAAGUACCCAGUUCUGAGAAAGAAUCCAAAGCUGUCUGCCAUGAUGAUGUUUGAAAUUGUACCCCAGGAGCUGCACAAACAACUCCUAGACCUCAAGAAUUAUCAGAACAGGAUUAAUGGGGUGGAUGAGCUGAAAAACAUUCUCCUUGAUCUGGAUUUGAAGCAGGUGUCUUCAGACAACAUCGAGGAGUUUAUUAGCUUCCUCCGCAGAAUGCUGGAUGACACCAACUUCAAGGUCUUUUAUGGCACUUUACAGGUGAUGAAUCUGCUAAUUGAAAAACUGGCCUUAAAUGUAGAUAAAUAUCUAAAACAGAUAGUAUGUGCAGCUCUCAGGAUCUUGGGUGACACAUGCGUCAUCGCCAGGAUUGAGUACAUGAGUAUUUUCAGGCAGCUAAUGAGGAUCGUAGGACCACAGAAGGUCCUGGACCUGGUAAUUGGACAAUUGAAGCAUAAGAACUCCAGGGUGAGGGAGGACGUCAUUAACAUCAUCAUAGCUGGAAUGCUAACCCACCCUAGGAAAGACUUCAACAUCCCCAGCCUCUGCUAUGAAGUUGCACCCUGUCUGGCGGACACCAAGAAGAAAGUCCGCCACGCGGCCCUGGAACUAUUUGCUGUCUUCGACUACUGUCUGGAUAAUGGGAAGAAGCAGCCUCUGUUAAGAGCGAUUGACCGAGUGGAGCUCAACGGGGAUGCGGAGGGCCUGGCGACAGCCAUUCAAACUCGCAGAGCCCGGCACAUUCUUCCCCGUCUGUCGCUGGAUGGCAUGGUGGAGUAUGCCCUGGUCGUCCCGAGGCCUGGCCAGCGCAGUUCGCCACAGUUCAGCUCCGGAGCUGACCUGGACUGGGUGAUGGACGGCUGUCGUGUCAGCAGCGGCAGAAGCCACCAGACGGAGCCAGAGCCCGACAGGCCAUGCGAUGGGACCCUGGGGGGUCUCACCGAAGUCUUCCCCCAGCACAGGAGGAUCGUUAGUGCUGGCAAAGGAAAGAACAGGUUCCCGUGGGAACGGAUGGGCCUCCCCGCCACCAUGAAGCCCCUGACCGGCAAAGACUUCAACAGCAAAUCAUCUGCCCAGUUUCAGGUCUUAAGCAAGGGCUGCCCACCCCCUGCCCUGGAGUAUGGACAAGAGUCCUAUGUCUGCGAGCCCGAUUGUCACCUGCCCCGUAUCACUGGAAGGAAGGAGCCAGUCAGAGUUCCACCCAGGACUGGAAAUGUGGAUUUGGACCCCUGUUUCCUGGAGUCUGCCAGUCCUUCUGACCGAGAUGCAGGUGGCCAUGCCUGUGGCAGGAAUUCCAGUAGCUCUCUGAGGCGCUUCUCCUCUGGCUCGUACCCUCGCUCCCGGGGUGAGCUGGUGUCCACUUCUCCCACCCCUGUCAGGCGGGCACCAUCCCAUGAUGCCUUGAGGCCCGCUUCUGAGGUUCCCUCAACUCAAGAGUGUCUGUACCAGGACCUCUCCCAGCGGGGAAUGCUGGAGGAGGAGGAGGAGGAGGAAGAGAUAGUGGAUCGCGAAGAGAUUAUGAAAUCUCUGCGGUGCCUGCGCUUCAGCGCGGCCAAGAAGCGUGCCAAGAUGAGUCUGAACGGCUCGGACCCCGACCAAGAGCAGGACCCAGACAGCCCAGACUCUGCGGUCAAGCUGGAGCUGGGGCCAGAAUCGCCAUCACGCACCUCGCCCCCCCUCACCAGCCCGCUGAGUGAGAGCGGCCUCUCCAGCUUGUACUCACCCCCAGCCUCUACCAACAAGGGAUCCAAGACCAGCUCAGGGAGCAGUUCCUCAUCUGUCGUGAAACCCAAACCACGCGCUGCACGGGCCCCCACCAAGACGAGGGCUGCGUCCUCCAGGGAGCGCGCCCCCCUGCAGGGGUCACAUGCCGUGAAUGUGGUUGGUCAGCGUCUCGUUUACUCCAGUGGCUCCCCUGAGCCUGAGAUGGAUCUGCGGUGGGAGGCGUCUCCGUCCUCUUGCAGACCUCGCGGCAGAGCGCCAGUGAAGGCGGUUAGACCCACGGGAGCGUCCCUGCCCAACAGCAGACGGGUCUCGCCUACCAGUGACUUGUCAGAUGGCAUUAUAGGCAAAGGAGUCUCCUGCACUCCCCUUUCAAGCCCCCAGGGUGUUUCCUUAGAUUGUGGCAACAGCAGGCGGAAGUCUCGUAAUGAAGCUCAGAGAAACCCCCAUGAUGCCUGCGAGUAUCCCAACAGCCAAAAGAUGGAGAAGAUGAUACUGUCCAGCUCUGCUGAUGACAUGUUUCUGCUGAGUCAGAAGGAGCAGGAGUUCCUGCAGAUGGGGAUGGAGUACCGUCAGAUUCAGAAGCUACUGCACCAGAUGCCGGCAGAAUUCAACCCAGAGGAGAUAAGAGAGUGGCAACAGAAUGGGAACACUGCAGUGAAGGCCAAGGCAGAGUCCCCCUCAGAGAGUUUGCCAGCCACCCCAUACAGCCCAGCCUGCCAGUCAAGUCCUCCCCUGAAGCCCCAUCCACCAUUCCGUCCUCGUCCACCCAACAGGCCCAGCCUGACCAAUGACAGCCCUGCUCAUCAGCCGGUCCUGCCCAUCCAGCCCAGUCCUCCAAUACAGUCACACAAACCCAAGACCAGCAGACCAACCCGUCUUAGGAAGGCAUUCAGCCUCAAGACCCAGUCAACUUUCUCCCAUAGUUCAGAUGAUCUAUCUCCAGGGAAGCAAAACCUACAACCCAUCCCCAGGCCUGAGCAAGCCCUGACAGACAGCCUCAGUCUUCUCAGCUCUGAGGACUGGGAGAAGAAGAUAGAGGGUCUGGAACUUGUACGCCGCCUGGCGCAGUUCCAUACUGAAUUGAUGUCUGACAGACUUCACGAUACCUGCCUUGUGGUGAUUGACGAGGUGAAGAACUUGCGAUCAGGGGUCUCCCGCGUGGCAGUGGCGACAUUGGGAGAACUCUUCACCCACAUGAGGAGAGAGAUGGACCCAGAGCUUGACUACACGGUCAAGGUGUUGCUGCACAAAUCUGGGGAGACCAAUGCUUUCUUGAGGCAGGACGUGGACAUGGCCCUGGCUAGUAUGGUGCAGAACUGCACACCCGUCCGGGUCAUGAACGCCCUGCUUGCUGGAGGACUGAAUCACUUGAACACAAUGGUUAGGAAGAGCACGGCUCAGCACCUCGCUGACCUUGUGGAAGUCAUGGGUGUGGAGCGCCUGCUCUCCAGCAGUCGAGAGCUGACGGACCGUAUCCUGCCCGCUGUUGCCAAAUUGGCGCAUGAUUCUUCACAGGAAACCAGACACUUUGGCCGUCAAAUGCUGCUGUUUCUGGCAUCUCACAAAGACUUCGAUAAGCUAUUGGAGCGGCACAUUCCAGACAAGGAGGUUGUCACUGUCAAGAACACGGUGCUGUCGUUGAGGAAGAAGGAAAUGGGAGGGGCAUCUCCGAAAGCCCGAUCAGUGACGCGGCGUCAUUCACUCAACGGUGGCACAACCCGCACUUUGUCUCUCAGCCGGGAGCCCUCCAGCCUCAAGCAGGAUCCUGAUGGAUACUACUGCAAAGGCCAGGCGAAUAACUUUGCAGACAAGACAGAGUACAUCAAGAAGCUCAAUGCCCUGAUGUUGUCAAAGGACUUCCGUGAGCGUAUCAGGGCUCUGGAGCAGCUAGUGUCUGACUGUGAGCAGAACCCCGACAUGGUCAUCGUCAACUUAUUCCCGGUGUUUGAUGCCAUCAAAGCCAGGCUCCAGGAAUCCAACAGCAAAGUCAAUCUCAGUGCCCUACAAUGCUUACAGAAGAUCAUUUCCCCCCUGAAAGACCACCUGGCUCAGGUGGUCUCCUUACUAGUUCCUGCCAUUGUAGACAAUCACCUCAACUCGAAGAACAAUGCCAUCUACAGCGCAGCUAUUGGUGUCAUCCAUGCUCUUAUGGAAAACAUAGAUAACACUCUUCUGCUUCAGCCGUUCUGCACCAAAGCUCAGUUCCUUGGUGGCAAAGCCAAAGUCGACCUUAUCAUAAAGGUUGCAGACCUUGUGUAUGAGCUGUACCCCCGCAAGCCCCAGGUGGUGGAGCAGAAAGCACUACCCCUCCUGUGGUACCUCCUAGGCACUUCCAGCAAAGGAGCAUCCCUACUGGCCCGGGGCGGUAGUGUGUCUGCGGCCACUGCCGUCCUGUGCCAAGCCCUGCACAGCCACAUGGGACCCAGUUUGGCAGAGUGUGCCUCAUCUCAGCACCCCAAUGUCUACAAGAGCUUCAACAGACUGCUCAAGUCCAUCUCCUCCCACUGACAGCAUUAAAAAAGACUAAACGUAUAGCUUACUUGAAAUUAGAUUUAUAUAGAUGUAGUUUCAGAUAGAUGUAUUAGUUCAUGCACUUUUUAAAAAUUAUUUUUAGAUAGAUUUUAAUUAGCCCUUACUAAUAGUGGUAAGUUCUAUAGAGUAGAAUACAUUAUAAGAACUUUUUAUUUAAUGAAAAUGUUCUUGAGCUCUUGGUAUCAGGAUUCUUGCCCUCAAACAACCUGCUCUUUUGCACUUUUGAACAAAUGGUACACUAUUGUGACGGGCUAUCAUCAUCGGUUGUGUCACUGAUGUACUUGUCAUUGUUGUAGCUUGUGAACUCAAUGAACAUGGACUGAAAUGCUGUGGAAUGUACUAUUUUUAAAUGCACAAAACACUUGAAGGGAUGUAUAGUUUUGCUAUUUUUAAAAUAUUAUGCCGUAUGUGACAUUUCCAUGAUGUGUCUUACUGGGCUGUUCUGAUUUGUUAGGAUUUUUAAUGAAAACAAAUGGCUUUUGUAACAGUUCAGGUCUGUAAUUGCACAGUAUUCCCUUAUUUUUUAUGCUGUAAUAUUGCAGUAUAUCUUUGAAAUUUGCUGUAAAGUCCAUCAACAAAGAAGUUUUCCAAGUUGGAACUGUCUUAUGGUUUCUGCAUGACCAAAAUUCAAUGACAGGGAACAAAAUGGAUGUUAAUAUUUUGUUAUUGAUAUACUAUUGUACAAAGAUGCCUGAAUGAAAUGUCGGACGUAAAACAAUUUUACUAAGGUUAGAGAGAUGUUAAUGUGUUAUAUUUUUGAUUUAAUUUACCAAUUUAUACAUGUACUUACACCCAGUCCUGUGAUUUUGCAAUUCCAAAUCGUGCCAGUCCCAACGUAGCCUUUCACAUUUUCCACAGCUAAAUUGUACUGUACCUGUUUCUGAAAAAUUGAGAGAAAUUAUAUAUAUA